AUGCCCGCAGCAACUCCCAAAUCCAUCGUUGUCACCGGUGCCAACAAGGGCAUCGGCUAUGAAGCCGUCAAGCGCCUUGCCCAAGACCUGCCAAACAGCAUCAUCUACCUCACAGCUCGCUCGCAAUCGAACGGCAAAGACGCUGUCGAGAAGAUGAAGAAGGAGGUUCCCGCUGCCGACUUUUCCAACGUUCGCAUCUUGCUGCUCGAGGUCCUCGAUUCGUCGUCGAUCCAAGAGGCCGUGGCCACGGUGCAGAAAGAUUGCGGUACUCUCGAUGUGCUGCUACACAACAGUGGAAUCCUGCAAGUUCCAGGGGAACAGGGUUCUAAAGGAGUGUUUGACGUCAAUGUUCGCGGCGCAAAGGCGGUGAUCGAUGCGUUUGCCAAGAUCUUGACCAAGGAGACCGGCAAAAUCAUCGUUGUGUCUUCAGAGGUUGGAACGUGGGCAACCGCUGCCAUGGACCCUUAUGUGCAAAAGAAGGUACUCGACAGCAGCACGACGAAUUGGGAUCAAAUGCAGGCGUGGAUGGACGACUGGCUGCGACACGAGCAAGGUUCGCAACAAGUGCAGGAGCCGUGGAAGCCAGUGGACCAUUUGGUCAACUCGGGCUACGCACUGAGCAAAGCCUUCCUCAACGCCUACCUGCGAAACUACGCCUUGCAAAGCGAGAGCCCCCAGCUUGCGGUUGUCUGCCCUGGUUACUGUGCCACCGAGCUCAACGGCUUUUCGGGACCUCGCUCGGCCUCGCAAGGAGGCGAGAGCGUGAUCUGGCCAGCACUCAACGAUUUCAAAAGAGGCCACUUCUAUCAAGACGGAAAGGACUUGCCAUUCUCGCAGUCUAUGCCUGAAAACUUGAAUCUCUGA